AUGUCCGUGCUCCUGCGGCCGUAUCUACCUCCGGCGAUCACCCUGACCACAGCCUGCUACCGACACAUCUCCGACCAGGAAACGAAGGUGCUCAUCGUGCUCUUCAGCGCGCUCGUCAUCGCGCUGGAUGAUCCGAAGGUCUUCGACGCAUCCGGGAGCCGUGACCUCCACAGGCGGCUGUGCAACGGCGACUUCCACCAGAUCGGAGGCAGCCGCGGCGUCCUCGGGAUGCUCAUGGAUGUCCUGUCCAGAGUGGACCAGGUGUACCCCGAGUUCUCCACCAGCGCGAUCAUCUCGUCGGUGCUGGGUUUCGUGAACGGCUGCAUCCUGGAGGGUGUGCAGAUCGACGGCGUCGCCGCGCACCAACUGGACGCGCUCCCAUUCCUCGCGUACCGCCGCAGCAUGUCGGGUCUCGCCGACGCGUUUGCGUACUUCAUUUGGACGAAGGCAGACUGUCGGGACGUGGCACUGUAUGUGCAGGCAAUUCCAACUGACCUGGUUUUCUUCAGCGACAUCCUGUCAUUCUACAAAGAGGAGCUCGCCGGAGAGACGGGGAACUACGUGAGCGACCGGUCGAAGGCGUGCGGAAGGUCUCGGGAGGAAACUCUGCAAGAGAUUGUCGAUGAGACUGUCGUGCUAGUGACUCGUAUCCGGGGAAUCCUGGGCGAUGGGCCUGUUCGAGACGCAUGGGAGUCGUUCGCAAAGGGUUGGCUCACAUUUCACUUGUGCAGCCCGAGGUACAGGCUGAAGGAACUGAUCGACUGCGAGUAUGUUGUGGUAGAUGGCUUGGGCAGUUGA